GUGUACAGACACGCAGAAGCUCCGUCCUUACCCAGCGCUCCGCUCCAGCCUGCACAUGAGAUGCUGGGAAGCACAUUGGUGUCUGUCAUCGAAGACCGGUCACCUCUCUCUACAAGACAAAAGCUGCUGUGAUCCCUCAUUGUCCUAAGGUCAGUAUUAAAAAAAAUAAGGGGAGUGUUAUACCAAAAGGGGAGAUAAAGAUGACAAGCUCAUCUCUCAACGGGGUGGGAAGAUAGCAAAGACGUUCAUAUGAAAAUAAAAAUCUGGACUACACUGCGACGAUGGCGUACACCCACUCACACAUCAUGGCAUCAAGACGACAUCCGCCUAGCAGAGUCAUAAUCGAACUGGAUGAAUACAGCUCAAACCCGACACAGGCAUUCACAUUCUACAAUAUCAACCAAGGACGAUUCCAACCACCACAUGUGCAAAUGGUGGAUCCUGUACCCCAUGAUGCCCCCAAACCACCUGGGUACACCAGAUUUGUCUGUAUUUCUGACACCCACUCAAGAACUGAUCUCCUCCAGAUGCCAUAUGGGGACGUUCUAAUUCACGCCGGAGAUUUUACAGAGCUCGGACUGCCUAGUGAAGUGAAAAAAUUUAACGACUGGCUGGGAAGUCUCCCAUACGAAUAUAAGAUUGUCAUAGCAGGAAAUCAUGAGCUGACGUUUGACCACGAGUUUAUGGCGGACUUAAUCAAACAAGACUUCUAUUAUUUUCCUUCCGUGUCUAAGCUGAAGCCGGAGAAUUAUGAGAAUGUCCAAUCGCUUCUCACAAACUGCAUCUAUCUCCAAGAUUCGGAAGUGACAGUGCGAGGAUUCCGCAUAUACGGCUCCCCGUGGGAGCUGCAGUGUGGAAAGAGCAGCUAUACACAAAUCCUUAGGAGCAGAGUGGAUAUCACAGGAGUUCAGGAUGGGGAGCGGGUAGCGGGUGCAAGGAAAUGCUCAGCGUCUACUGUUUACUAUGACGCCGAACAUUUCAAAAUUCCCUACUUUAUUGUGACAGCUAGGGAGAAGCGGAGUGACGCCGGGGAAGUGGGCAGCACCGGACGAUGCUCGGGGGAAUGCGGCCGGGUAAGAUUUUUAGACUGGGUGCCCAAAAAAUUACAACGGGUGGGCUGUGUGGAGCUGCUAAACACAGUACAGAGAAGAGUACAGCCAAGACUGCACGUGUUUGGUCACAUCCAUGAAGGUUAUGGCGUAAUGGCAGAUGGGACCACUACGUACGUCAAUUCCUCAGUAUGUACUGUGAAUUAUCAGCCGGUUAAUCCUCCUAUAGUAAUUGAUUUGCCGAAUCCAAGGAACACGUGACUCCGACAA